AGGUUUGCCUUUGAGAAGGCCCGUCCUUUCCCUCCGCAGCAGGUCGGUAACCUCUCCGCUCACCUGGCUGGGGCCUCUGGCUCCUGUUCCUGGAACAUCCCCUCAGAGACUGGCACCUCGUACCUUUCAGCUGGGAUUACACGACUGCCCACGCACCCCUCAUCCGCAGCAGCCAGGAGGGGUGCAGCCCCCAGAAAACUGCAGCAGGCCCGUGCUCUGGUCACUGAGUCGAGCUGUUUCAGAGGACAACGCUUUCUUCUCGUCUUUGGCGAGGCAGUAAUUUGGUUCCCAGAAGUUUAUCCUGCCGAGGUCCCUGGAGCCCAGCCAAAGGACACAGCAUCACAAGCUCACCUGGAGGAUUGAACUGCACCUCAAGAAAAACCGAGAAGACCAUGAUGUCCCUCGGCAGCAGCUCAAAAGGUCGGUCGCUCCCGCCUGGAGAAGAAGAACGAAAGAAAAUCCUAAGGCAAAUGAAGGUACGAACCACGCUGAAGGGGGACAAGAGUUGGAUCAAUAAACAGGAGGAGACAGAAAGUCGGACAAUGGAAUUACCCUCCAAUGGGAGACAUUCCUCUUCCUCAUCACCUCCCAUCACCCCCAGGAGUAAUAGGGGAAUGUUUACCCAGCCCGAAGUGACUUCUAGCGCUCAGCCUGCUCCUGACAGUGACUGCUCCAAAAGGCCUCCCAAUGCCAAGGCUCCUACAGGCUACAUUAUCAGGGGAGUAUUUACCAAGACGAUCGACAACACGACUCAGCCUCAGCAAUACUUGCCUAAUUCAAAUGGAGUUCAAAAGAGGGCUGCAGUUCAGGCAAAGAUGGCAAGUCUUCCCCGCCAAUCAAACUCAGGCUACAAGAUGACAACAGAAGAUUACAAGAAACUAGCUCCAUACAACGUCAGACGUAGCUCCAUAGAUACGGAUGAAGAAGAGUCUCCCUUUUCUUCUGAAGAGCAAAAAAGGAGAUCAGAGGCAGCCAGCAGCGUGGUGAGGAAAGCAGCUUCCCGGGAACGCUCCUAUGUCCUGUCUGCUGCCAAGAAAAGCACCGGAAGCCCCACUCAAGAUGUGCCACCCCCAUUUCUCGCUAAGAGGGUUGAGAUUGUGGAAGAAGAAGGCCCAAGUGAGAGGAGCCAGUCUUCGCCAGCUUCAGCAAGACCCAGUUCUGGUUUAACCAGGGUUCAGGGGGGCAGAAAUCAAACCAGCAGCACCGGUGAGACCGAAACCACGUCUAAGAGCCCUGUUCCAACUUCCAGGAGCCUGGAUAGAAGAGAGGAAUUAGAGAACAGAACUCCGGAGCCACAGCCCAGGACUGAAUCUAACCCAAGAGCCAUCCCCACACCUGAAAAAAGAGAGGAAGCUGUUAGAAAGUCUCCAGAGCCUCAGCCCAGGACUGAAACCAAGCCAAGGGCUCCGCAGACGGCAGAGAAAAGUGAAAACGAGAAGGAGGAGGAAGCUGAAUUGAUCUCCUGGAGUGAUGUAAUUGUGCCUAGAGUCAACCAAUCCCCCAGUACAAGCAGCGUUGGGAGAAUCGAAAAGAGCCCUGAGCCACAACCCCGGAAUGAAGAGGAGCCAAAAGCCAGCUCCCCAGGCAGAAGUGAAAAGAGAGAAGAAACUCCCACUCCUGCUUGGAGGACAACACCACCGGAUCAAAAAGUAGAAAUCCCCCGUAUUGUUAUCUCCCCUGAGAUAAGUCAGAAGAGCAGGUCAAACUCCCAGACUCGAGAAAGUACUGAAGUUACACGGGAGAAUCAAGAUGAACUCUCCGGACCAAAAGAGGAGGCUGGAUUUGCUCCUAAAAGGCCAGCCCAGGGCUCUGAAGAAAAUACGGUCCCUAGAACCAGAGAGACCAGAGGAGAAAUGCCAAGUGAAGUAGACCUCAAGGACGCUUACCCUGACGUGGACAGGUCAAGCACUUGGUCUACAGACAGUAACCAUGGCUCCACGGGAUCCCAGAAUGAAGACCUGGAUGAGGUCGAAAGUAACCCUCGAAAGGGGUCUAUCCCAAAUUACAGUGAUACAAACAUCACGAGUAACAGAGAAAUCAGUAGUAACAGAGAAACCGGUUCUGAGAGUUCUAGAACGGUAGAAAAGGAUGAACUCCAUGGCACAAGGUCUGAUUUGCACUACAGAGAAAGCUGUGUCACCGAGACCCGCCGCGACCACUCUCCCGUUGGAGAGCACAGAGAACCUUACUGGAAUUUGGCAAAUAAGGUGAACUCUGACGAGAGCUGCAUCACUUCCCCAGAUGACCAGUACGGGCGGCCCUUCGACCUGCAGUUCUACAAACCUGGUCCAAACAGCGCAUCCACCUCAACUUUGCCUGUCACCACUACCGAAACUAGGUAUGGAGGUCCACCAAAUGGGGAUGAUUCCAAUUCAGACCCCACGAGGACGCCUACCAGUUAUGGAGAGAAAAGCGUGACCGUCACCUCCAGAGAGACCAGGCUGGACGCUCCUCUGGCUGGCAACCGGCCCGAUCCCACCGCGUCCGAUCCCCAUUUCAGGGAAUGCAGUGUCACCGCCACGGACCCUACUCGCCGAGGAUCCCCUCAGCCCGGCAACCUCGAUCCCAGUGCUAGGAGCAGAGAGAUCCUCUUUGUGAAGGAGUAUACGAACACUAGUGAGUUAUCUCGUGGGAAACCAUCCUCUUCACAAUACAGCAGCACCAGCAGCUUGGACGAUUGGUCUGCUAUUGAAAGGUCCACGUCUUCCAGUUACCAGUACAGCGCUCCGCCCCAGAGAGCGAGCGAUGGCACCUGCACUUACUGCGGCCGGGAGAUUCGCGACUGCCCCAAAAUAACCCUGCAGCAUCUUGGCAUUUGUUGCCACGAUUAUUGCUUUAAGUGUGGGAUUUGCCAUAAGCCUAUGGGGGAUCUUCUGGAUCAGAUUUUCAUUCAUCGUGAUACCGUUCACUGUCAGAAAUGUUACGAGAAGCUCUUCUAGACUCAGAGGAUCACCGGCCGGAUGACUUCAGAUGCUGUUACGCCAUUCCUGAUCACGCCAUAUUCACCAAACUGCCCCUCUUCCCCUCCUCUGAUUUAUUUAUACCUCACCCUUUCAUCAAAAGGAAUCUUUUUGUCAUCCAGUUAUCUUAGCCAGGAGUCAUAGCGUUAAUAAGACUAUUCAUCUUUACAUAUAAGAGAAAACAUUCUUAAGUUUGUCUUCAGCUUUCUAAUGAGUUAGGAUUUUCUUUGCAUAUUAAGUAUGGCUCAGUGGGAUUUUUUUUAAGGGGUACUGUCAUCUCCCAGGAAUUGACAGAUGAAUGAAAUCGGCCUGCAGUUCUUGGUAUGGAAGAACCUUGAAAGUCAGAAAGGCCGAUCGAAAGGCAAGUGGACAAGGAUUCUUUAUGAAUCAAUAAACCGCAGAAAGAACACAGGCCUAAAACCGAACGGCAAAUUUUGCCCACUAAUCCUUGCAAAUGCCCAUUAUAAUGAGCAACAAUCUCCCUCUUGCCUGCUCUCUGUGGUUUUUCUGAAAUAUUCCUAGCUUGACUUUAAUCAAAUCGGGUGGCUGAUUUCAGUACUCUCCUUUCCACCUCACACUGGAUCAGAAUCUCUUCCGUGCAUGAUUUCUCUGCAUCCCGAAAAGCUGUACCCAGAAUUUUAAGCAGCGACUCCCAGAGAGCUGAUUACUGAAGGGAUGUAUGGUGUCUGCGCCUGCUGUUUGUGAAUUUGUAAUGGGAUUUUUAAAAACUUGCCUGAUGAAAGUGUUGGCCCAGUGAAGUCAUUCUGCUUUAAAUUACCACCUUGAUAGAUGUAGGCAAAGUCUAUCAUUUUGUCUCUAGUUGACAUUAGAAAAAAGCCAACCCCCGAUAUGUCAAAUGUAGACUGUAUUCAGAAAGCGUAGAAAGGAAAACCUCAAUGCAAACAUUAAUAUCAGCAGAAGAGAAUGACUAAUAAUCACGUUUCUCAGCUCUAACAGUGGCAGAGAAUGCUGUUUACAGAAAGCCAUGACCAUUUUGUCUUUGAAAUAGCAAGGCUAUUCUUAAAACAGGAAGCUUCAGCUUUCUGCCGUUCAACUGUGGAGUGGAUAAUCUUCAGGGAAGCUUAAUUUGCUUCGUGCCCCAAAUUUACACUGAAUAUUAAGGUAUCCCUUUGGAUCAGAGUGUGUUCAAUUUCAAAUGAGGGCCGUGGCAGAGAUGCAUCCUAAUUCAGUUCAGAGAGUCAUCAUUCCAGGAGAAUAUAGGGACCUAAAAUGAAAAAUCUAGAAAGGUUUAAUGGACGGGUUAUUAGGGACCCCUAGUAAGAAAUAGUUGAAAUACAUCUCGGUAGGUUCCAAAUUACCUCCCUAUUUCAGAGCCAAAAAAGAUUUGUAAAAGUCCGACUAUGCGGGACACUCGUAUCUAAGCUGCAAGUUUGAAGACCAGAAGUUCCUUAAAUGCAUCAAUAGAUUCCGUUAUCUUUAGAUUAGAAUAACAUUUUUCAAAAUUUUAAUUAGCAGGUCGGGCUGCACUAAAUUUUUACUUCAUUGCUCUGUUUUUCAGCUGUAGUAGUUUAACCUACAAACAUGAGUACAAUUACAAUUAUGAUUAAACCAUUUCAUGUAAUCAGUAGUCCUGUGUCAAAGUAUUAACAUGCUUUUGUUUAUAAGUGGAAUAAAAUGGUGUGAUGGGC